UCCUCUGAGAGGAGGAGGAGGAGGAGGGCACUUUGGUGGGAUGGCAACUUCACUACUAGGGGAAGAACCGAGGUUGGGAUCCACGCCUCUAGCCAUGCUCGCUGCUACCUGUAACAAGAUCGGCAGUCCCAGCCCGUCGCCCUCCUCCCUCUCGGACAGCGCGUCCUCGUUCGGCAAAGGCUUCCACCCUUGGAAACGCACUUCCUCUUCUUCGUCCGGCAGCUGUAACGUGGUGGGCUCCAGCCUUUCGGGCUUUGGGGUGUCGGGGUCCUCCCGGACCGGGGGCUCGUCCUCAGCGGCUGCAGCUGCAGCGGCUGCAGCAGCAGCCGCUGCGGCUCUUGUAUCGGACUCAUUCAGCUGCGGCGGGUCGCCCGGCUCCAGCGCCUUCUCCCUCACCUCCAGUAGCGCUGCUGCCGCGGCUGCUGCGGCAGCCGCAGCCGCUUCGGGUUCACCCUUUGCCAACGACUACUCAGUCUUCCAGGCCCCCGGUGUGUCGGGCGGCGGCGGGGGCGGCGGCGGGGGUGGCGGUGGCGGCGGCGGCGGGGGCAGUUCGUCCGCCGCAGCGCACAGCCAAGACGGCUCUCAUCAGCCAGUGUUCCUGUCCAAGGUGCAUACUUCGGUGGACGGCUUGCAGGGAAUCUACCCACGCGUGGGAAUGGCUCACCCGUACGAGUCAUGGUUCAAGCCCUCGCACCCUGGCCUGGGCGCUGCGGGCGACGUUGGCGCGGCAGGUGCCGCCUCCAGCUGGUGGGACGUGGGAGCUGGCUGGAUCGACGUGCAGAACCCCAACGGGGCUGCAGCGCUGCCCGGUUCGCUGCACCCGGCCGCGGGUGGGCUGCAGGGUUCGCUGCAUUCGCCGCUGGGCGGCUACAAUUCGGACUACUCGGGCCUGGGCCACUCGGCCUUUAGUAGUGGGGCCUCGACGCACCUGCUCAGCCCGGCUGGGCAGCACCUGAUGGACGGCUUCAAGCCGGUACUCCCGGGAUCUUACCCGGACUCGGCCCCGUCGCCGCUGGCCGGCGCCGGCGGCUCUAUGCUGGGCGGCGGCGGGCCGUCGGCGCCUCUUGGGGGCUCUCCACGCUCAUCUGCCCGCCGCUACUCCGGCCGCGCCACCUGCGAUUGCCCCAAUUGCCAGGAGGCUGAGCGGCUGGGCCCGGCCGGUGCCAGUCUUCGGCGCAAAGGCCUGCACAGCUGCCACAUCCCGGGCUGCGGCAAGGUGUACGGCAAGACGUCACACCUGAAGGCGCACCUGCGCUGGCACACGGGCGAGCGGCCCUUCGUGUGCAACUGGCUCUUCUGUGGCAAGAGGUUCACGCGCUCCGACGAGCUGCAGCGGCACCUGCGGACCCACACAGGCGAGAAGCGCUUCGCCUGCCCAGUCUGCAACAAGCGCUUCAUGCGCAGCGACCACCUCAGCAAGCAUGUCAAGACCCACAGCGGCGGCGGCGGCGGCGGAGGCUCGGCGGGCUCGGGCAGCGGCGGAAAGAAGGGCAGCGACACCGACAGCGAGCACAGCGCAGCCGGUAGCCCACCGUGUCACUCUCCGGAGCUGCUACAGCCCCCGGAGCCGGGCCACCGCAACGGGCUGGAGUGAACCGGGGUGCCCCUGGACCCUGGCCGGCCGGCCCGGGCCCCUGCAGCCCGUCCCCAGGGCCCCGAUGGCCAGGCCAGGCCCUGUGCUGCCUGCCUACCUGCGCCCAGAGGCGCGCGGGGACGGGGGACGCUUUGGGGUCUCCCUUUUCUCUCUGUGACACUUAACUUUGUAAGGGAACAUGGACGUGUAAGUAACUUGUAUCGCUUUUUUGGACACUUUUCCUCCCGCCCCUUCCUUCCUUCCUUCUUUUGCUGUCUCUUUUAUUCUUUCUCUGGGGAGUUAAAAUCUGCCCCCUCAGUCUCGUGCAUCGCCUCUAGGGUUUGAGUUGUCCUUCCUCUCCCAGGUGUUACUUCCUAUUGGGGGAGGUGUGUGAUUGUGUGUGUGUGUGUGUGUGUGUGUGUGUGUGUGUGUGUGUGUGUGUGUGUUUAAGCAGGACAACUAUGGGGCUGCCUGCUCAGGCCUGUGGUCCUUGGGGCAGCAGGCGAGAUGGCGUGGCUGUCAGACAAAUUCGCAAAGGCGCGGAGGAGGGCCUCUCAGGGCAGGGCUGCUAGCUGGCCGCCUCCCGGGCUGCGCUGGCUCAGGCUGAGAAAGACUCAGUAGGCCGCCUUCGCCUUGGAGCUCAGCCCCGGAGCAGGGUUCCGGUACUUCUUGCCGGCUAGCGGAGAGAGCCUGAGUCUGGCAGCCUGAGAGGCGCCCUCUGCGUUUUGCAGCAGGGAAAGUGGCCCAAUUGACAGUUACAAUUCAUUGCGGCAGAAACUUUCCUGGGUUUCCCCCUCCUAUCUUCCCCCCCCCCACCUCCGAGGUGGAACUUUCGACAGUUUGAAAAAUGGGGCCCGUCUCUGCUUACCUGCUCAGCAAUUUCCUUUUAACACAUACACACACGCAG